AAUGACUUGUGAUCUCAUCAUCCGUCCUCGUCAAGAUCCUAUCACUGUAGCUAGCUCCCUGUGUUCCAAGUUCAUAUGUACAUACCAGCUUUGGAGCCCGCACUCUCCCUUGAUCUUCUGCAACAAUAUAAUGUAAUAGCGUCCCCAGAUAGAAAUGAAACCCGCUGGUGCACUCCCAGAGGCAACAAGGAACAUAACAUACGGAGGCGGUGGCUUGCCGAGCCUGAAAUCUCCCAUUCCCUACUUCUUCGGUGGCUUAGCCAUCAUUCUUACUCUCAUCUCCGUUGCCUUGCUCAUCCUGCUGGCCUGUUCUCCCCGUGAACAUUCGUCUUCUUCUUCUUCUUCUGCUCAAGAUCAGACGGUGGAUGUGGGUGGCGAGGUGGAUUCAGAGCCAAAAAUUGUGGUGGUCAUGGCUGGAGACACUAACCCCACUUUCUUGGCCAAGCCGCUAUCUAUGCUUGGCUAAUACCCAUCAUGCCCGGCAAUCCGUGUAAAUCGUCUUAUUAUUUUAUUCACCUAUAUAUGUGUAUAUGUAUAUAUGACAAUGCCUUCUGCUCCUCCUUCCCUUUUUGUCUUUGUGCGGCUUUAAUGCUUUAAGUUGAUUUGAGAUCAAUCGCAGAAGAUGUAAAUGGAAGCGAGUAUGGCAUAUAUGCACAGAGUGUUCAGAUGCGUUCUGUGUGCGCAUAAAAUUAGUGGUGCUCACCUACCUUCUGCAGUUUUCGAGGUCCAUCGAUGAAGAAUUGUGAGCACAAGAGGUGUAUUGCUUGGAUCCAGUAUUAUCUCGAUUUGAGGUUUCAUUAUCUCCAACUACAUAUAUAUAUAUGUGCAUGAUUGGAUCUGAAAGUGGGACGAAUUAA